GAGAAAUCCAAUUUGACUUCCUCUUUAUCGCACUGGCCUGUGGAACACAGGCACUUUGAUCCACCAUGCCCGUUGCCAGGAGUUGGGUUUGUCGCAAGACAUACGUCACCCCCCGCCGCCCCUUCGAGAAGUCUCGUCUCGACCAGGAGCUUAAACUUAUCGGGGAGUAUGGUCUGAGGAACAAGCGUGAGGUGUGGAGGGUGAAGUUCACCCUGGCCAAGAUCCGCAAGGCCGCCAGAGAGCUGCUCACUCUGGAUGAGAAGGACCCCAAGCGUCUUUUUGAAGGUAACGCCCUGCUCAGGCGUCUGGUGAGGAUCGGUGUGCUGGAUGAGGGCAAGAUGAAGCUCGAUUACAUCCUGGGCCUGAAGGUGGAGGACUUCUUGGAGAGGAGGCUCCAGACUCAGGUCUUCAAGCUGGGCCUUGCUAAGAGCAUCCACCACGCCCGAGUUCUCAUCCGCCAGAGGCACAUCCGAGCCAAUCCUGCCCAUCGAGUGGGAAAACAGUUUCAGCAAGGUCAAUGCAGUAACAGACUGUAUACCUUGUCUAUAAGACUGCUCAGAGCCAAGCGAGAGGCAGACUGCUGCUGUCUUAUUUGCUGACAGUGUGCGCAAGCAGGUGGUCAACAUCCCCUCCUUCGUGGUGCGCCUGGACAGCCAGAAGCACAUUGACUUCUCCCUGCGUUCACCAUACGGUGGCGGACGCCCCGGCCGUGUCAAGAG